CGAGAGGACCCAGAAGGGGCGGGGUGGGCGGGGACGGUAGUUUAAUUACGUGCCCGGGAACUGCGGCGAUCUGGAUUCUGGCAUUCGGGUGUACGCUUAAAAAAGCCGACAGUGUCACUGGCGUGGAGUGGGGCCGGGGGAGGGUCAAGUGAAUGUGCCGUUUGGAAACCAAAGGACAGUAAACUUUUCGUCUCGCCCCCGGCGGGGCUCGCCCGCGGGCCGUCGGCCGCCUCGGGAGCCGGAGAGAACAUGGCGGCGCCGGAAGCCCGGGGCCACAGCCUCUCGGGCCUGCUCCCCGCGCAGACCUCGCUGGAGUACGCCCUGCUCGACGCCGUCACCCAGCACGAGAAGGACAGCCUGGUCUACCAGUAUCUGCAGAAGGUGGACGGCUGGGAGCAGGAUUUGUCAGUGCCCGAGUUUCCGGAAGGACUAGACUGGCUGAACACAGAAGAGCCUAUUUCUGUCUAUAAGGAUCUGUGUGGAAAAGUGGUCGUCUUUGAUUUCUUCACCUAUUGCUGCAUAAACUGUAUUCACCUUUUGCCUGAUCUCCAUGCAUUAGAACACACAUACUCUGAUAAAGAUGGUCUUCUGAUUAUUGGUGUUCACUCAGCUAAGUUUCCAAAUGAAAAAGUCCUGGAUAACAUUAAGAGUGCUAUUCUUCGAUACAAUAUCACCCACCCUGUGGUUAAUGACACAGAUGCCAGCCUUUGGCAAGAACUAGAAGUUUCCUGCUGGCCAACUUUGGUCAUACUUGGACCCCGUGGAAACAUGUUAUUUUCUUUGAUUGGAGAGGGACACAAAGAUAAAUUAUUUUUAUUUACUUCAAUAGCUUUAAAGUAUUACAAAGACAGGGGACAGAUCAGAGAUAAUAAAAUUGGAAUAAAACUUUAUAAAGAUUCUUUGCCAUCUUCACCGUUGCUGUUUCCUGGCAAAGUAACAGUAGACCAUGUUACUAAUAGGUUGGUCAUAGCAGACACUGGACACCAUAGAAUUUUGGUCGUUUGGAAGAAUGGACAAAUUCAGUACAGCAUUGGAGGACCUAACCCUGGAAGAAAAGAUGGGAUAUUUUCAGAGUCAACUUUUAAUUCUCCACAAGGUGUGGCCAUAAAGAAUAAUAUAAUAUAUGUGGCAGACACUGAAAACCACCUUAUAAGAAAGAUUGACCUAGAAACUGAGAAGGUGAGCACUGUAGCUGGCAUUGGAAUUCAAGGUACAGAUAAAGAAGGUGGAGCAAAAGGAGAACAACAACCCAUUAGUUCCCCUUGGGAUGUAGUUUUUGGAGCAUCAGGUUUGGAAGUCCAAAGAGAUGACAUUCUAUGGAUAGCCAUGGCAGGAACUCAUCAGAUAUGGGCACUCCUAUUGGAUUCUGGCAAAUUGCCAAAGAAAAAUGAGUUAAAAAAAGGAACCUGUCUUCGCUUUGCUGGAAGUGGAAAUGAAGAAAAUCGAAACAAUGCAUAUCCUCACAAGGCGGGUUUUGCUCAGCCUUCAGGCCUUUCUCUGGCCUCUGAAGAUCCCUGGAGCUGCCUAUUUGUAGCAGAUAGUGAGAGCAGCACAGUGAGAACUGUCUCACUGAAAGAUGGAGCCGUGAAGCACCUUGUGGGAGGAGAAAGAGAUCCCAUGAAUUUAUUUGCUUUUGGUGAUGUUGAUGGAGUAGGAAUCAAUGCAAAGCUUCAGCACCCCCUUGGAGUAACGUGGGAUGUGAAAAGGAGUUUACUUUAUGUGGCAGACUCCUACAAUCACAAGAUUAAAGUUGUGGAUCCAAAAACAAAAAAUUGUACAACAUUAGCAGGAACUGGAGACACAAAUAAUGUUGUCAGUUCCAGUUUUGCCGAGUCAACUUUUAAUGAACCAGGAGGCUUAUGUAUUGGAGAGAAUGGUCAGUUGUUAUAUGUGGCAGACACCAAUAAUCAUCAAAUUAAGGUGAUGGAUUUAGAAACAAAAACUGUAUCUGUGCUCCCCAUCUUCAGCUCUGAAAAUGCUGUGGUAGAUGGCCCAUUUCUGGUAGAAAAACAGAAGACAUUACCCAAACUGCCUAAAUCUGCUCCAAGCAUUAGGCUUUCCCCCGUGACUACAUGUCCUGGCCAAACUCUACAGUUCAAACUAAGAUUAGCCCUCCCAUCAGGAACAAAGCUAACUGAAGGAGUAUCCAGUUGUUGGUUUCUAACAGCUGAAGGUAAUGAAUGGCUUCUUCAAGGACAGAUACCAUCUGGAGACAUAGAGAGCAUUUCCAACCAACCAACAAUUUCACUAGAAAUUCCUGACAAUUGCUUAUCACUUGAAGCCAUUGUAUCGAUCAGUGUGUUUCUUUAUUACUGUAGUGCAGACAGCAGUGCUUGCAUGAUGAAAGCAAUUUUGUUCAGUCAGCCUUUACAAAUAACUGAUACACAACAAAGUUGCAUAGCUCCAGUAGAGCUCAGGUAUGUAUUUUCGCAAGCUAGCUAGCAACCCAGCAACGCAGCGCCCUGUCCUCCAUCUUUUCCAUCACUGUAACUUAAGAAAGAAAACUUUAUCUCUGCCUCUGGAUACCAAGACGCCCAUUGCUCAGUUCUAACAACGGGCAUUACAAUAAAGUUAUACUCCUUACUU